UCUAUCCGUAUCAGUUUCAAUGAGACAGUGUGUAUUUGCGAUCAGAAACAGCCUCACAGAUGCAGCAGAUCGACGAUAUGGAGGUACCUAUACUUAAUGAUAAUAACAGUAACAGACAGAAGUCUCUGGGUCAGGACAGGGAUGGGUUCGGCCAUCAACAGAAGGAUUCGGAGGGGUCCAUGGAGUCCCCCAACCUGGAGUUUGAAUAUGGGGACACUGACAGCUUCAUCGCAGAGCUUUCAGAGCUGUACAGCUACACAGAAGAACCAGAGUUUAGUCUAAACAGAGAUUACUUUGAGGAAGACUUCAAGAACCAUGUUAAGGGUCGGAGGUGGAUGGAGUUGAGUCUGGAAGAGCAGAAGACUUAUGUGAUGAGACUGUUGGAUGCUUUGGAGGUCACUGACCGAGACAAGAGGCUCAAAGUGGCUCGUGCCAUCCUGUAUCUGGCCCAAGGUGUAUUUGAUGAAUGUGACACAGAGACCGAUGUUCUUUACUGGUCUCGACACAAUGUUUUCCUCCUGUACGACAUGGGCAUCUUCACUGCUUUGCUGGAGCUUCUCAGCAUGGAGAUCGAUAAUAACCAGGCAUGCAGCAGUGCAGUAAGAAAACCAGCCAUAUCCCUGGCAGACAGCACUGAACUCAGGGUUCUUCUGAGCAUCAUGUAUCUGAUGGUUGAGACCAUUCGUGUGGAAAUGGAUAGUGAUGCUCCUGAGAGGAAGACUGCAAGAGAGGCCUUCAAAGCAGAGUUGGGUUCACCCCUUUAUAAUGGAGAGCCCUUUGCUCUCCUCCUCUUCACCAUGGUAACCAAGUUUUGCAGUAUGAAUGCACCCCAUUUCCCCAUGAAAAAAGUGCUGCUCUUACUAUGGAAGACCAUACUGUUCACACUGGGAGGUUUCGAGGAGUUGUUGGAGAUGAAGGUGAGAGUGAGAGAGCGAUUGAAUCUGCCGCCUCUCCCAGAGGACAGCAUUAAGGUGGUGCGAAACAUGCGCGCCGCUUCGCCUCCUGCCUCGGCUAUGGAACUCAUCGAGCAACAGCAGCAGCAGAAGAGAGGACGCAGAAGUCGCAGGAGUGCCUUUGUUGAUAGCUUGGAAGGAGACACUCCCUAUGCCAAGAAACAGCCGCUGGUCAAGCAGGAUAGUCUGGACACUUACAACGAACGGGACCCUUUCAAGAACGAUGAUGCACGGGAUGAAGAGGACGACCCAGAGGAUGUGGACAGUGGCAUCGAGGGAGAAGUCGACCCACUCGACAGAGAUGUCAUCAUUCAACCGCCACCUCCACCACCUCCACUGCGACCUCCAACAGAAAGAGUCUCCUUUCCUAAAGGACUGCCCUGGGCUCCCAAAGUCAGAGAGAAAGACAUCGAACACUUCCUGGAGACCAGCAGAAACAAAUUUAUUGGGUUCACUUUGGGAAAUGACACUGAGACUUUGGUUGGUUUGCCACGGCCGAUACACGAAAGUGUUAAGACUCUUAAACAGCAUAAGUAUGUCUCCAUAGCAGAGGUACAGAUCAAGAGAGAGGAAGAGCUACAGCAGUGCCCCAUGACUAUGGGGGACGAGGAGGUGGAAGAAACACCUACAGAGAUUUUAUAUUUGGGAAUGCUGCCCAAUCUCUCACAGUAUGUAAUUGCCCUUUUGAAGCUCCUACUGGCUGCAGCCCCAACCUCUAAAGCAAAGACCGACUCCAUCAACAUCCUGGCGGACGUUCUGCCAGAGGAGAUGCCAAUUACAGUCCUUCAGAGCAUGAAGCUGGGCAUUGAUGUGAACAGACACAAGGAGAUUAUCGUCAAAGCCAUUUCAGCUCUCCUCUUACUGCUGCUGAAACACUUCAAACUCAACCACAUAUACCAGUUUGAGUACGUGGCGCAACAUUUGGUCUUUGCCAACUGCAUCCCCCUCAUCCUUAAAUUCUUCAACCAGAACAUCAUGUCCUACAUUAGCGCCAAAAACAGCAUAUGUGCCCUGGAUUUUCCACAUUGUGUUGUUCAUGAAAUGCCUGAACUCACAGCUGAAAGCUUGGAGGCUGGUGACACUAAUCAGUUCUGCUGGCGUAAUCUCUUCUCCUGCAUCAACCUUCUUAGGAUCCUAAACAAAAUCACAAAAUGGAAACACUCCCGAACUAUGAUGCUUGUGGUCUUUAAAUCUGCACCCAUACUGAAACGAGCGCUCAAGGUCAAACAGGCCAUGAUGCAGCUCUACGUCCUCAAACUUCUUAAGAUCCAGACCAAGUACCUGGGACGGCAAUGGAGAAAAAGCAACAUGAAGACAAUGUCCGCUAUCUACCAAAAAGUCAGACAUCGACUGAAUGACGACUGGGCAUACGGGAAUGACAUUGACGCACGGCCGUGGGACUUCCAGGCUGAGGAAUGUGCACUUCGAGAGAGCAUUGAGAAAUUCAACACACGGCGUUAUGAUAAGAAUCAAAACAGCGACUUUAUACCCGUAGACAAUUGCCUUCAAAGUGUUUUAGGUCAGCGUGUCAACUUGCCCGAAGACUUUCAUUACAGCUACGAGAUGUGGCUAGAAAGAGAGGUCUUCUCACAACCUAUCCAGUGGGAAGGUCUGCUUCAGGCCCAGUGAUGCAAGAGUGAUUAUUAUCCUCAACCUAUCACAAUAUUAUAGAGGUGCUUUAUGUGUAGAAAAGACACUUGUAUUCUUUAUUAACCCGUUUAAUCCCAAAUUUUUUCUUGGAAUUUGAAUACAUGCAAUUUACUCCUUAGACCUCCCUAACACACAAACUUUAUGCCUUUUUUGAUUUUAUGUUGGUUAAGUUAGUGAAAUAUUAGGUUUUAUACCCGGUCACAAAAGUGACCGGUGGGAAACAUCAUAACCGGACUUCAUUAAAAUUCAAUUAGACAUAUUUACAUUAGAAACAGUGUGUUAUACUACCGGUCACAAUUGUGACCGUUAAAAAAAUUAUCAAAAUAUAUCUGUAAGUGACCCCACGUAUAAAAUUGAUAGUUCUAUUUGUUAAUUAAGAUGUUUUAACUCUUUUUGUAGUAGUCUGAGGUAGACAUCUUCUUCUAGAUGUGCAAGCAAGAAGUAAACUGAUCUGGUCAUGUGACCUUUCACCCUAGUCACAUGACAUUGAUACAUUUUAAUCAAGACAAUCUAUUUUUUCAUUUAAAAGUUUAAUUUCUUGCCCAGAGCCAACAUCAACACUUUUAGAGCUUUCAGAAAGAAGAAAAAAAAACACGGUCACAAAUGUGACCGGUGGGAUUAAACGGGUUAAACUGACACAAUUACUGUUGACUCACAAUCAACACACAAAUGCUUAUAGCACCGAGGGCCUGCUGUUCCUGUUUUGUAAAUGAGUGCUUGUAAAUUAGUGAUGUUACGUUCGUGAACGAAUCGUUCUUUUUGAACGAAUCUUUUAUGUGAACGAAUCGUUCUCGUUCACGCCAUCCAUUGACUCAUAUUUCUCGUUCACUGAAAUUUCCCUCCCUUCUUGAGGAGAACGGACAAAUGAUGCGCGGCUUUCUUUCCGCCUUCAAAGAGUGACAAAACUACGAGCCAAUCGCAAUCGAGUAUAAGCCGUGGCCGAGCAUAUGAUUGCCUCAACGUA